CACAGACCGACAACACAACAAAAAAAACGGUUUUUUUCGCCCUGUUGCAUGGGCCGAGAUGAAUUUUUUGACACCACGGAGACAACAUUUUGUCAAUCACAUCUUUAGACCCCAUCUCUAAACUUGUUAAAACGAAGUGAUAUAAAAAGCAGUUACCGUUGUUACGUAGUUUAAAUUUCAAAAUCAAGAGGAGGGAGAAAGGAUUGCCCCGAACAACACUCAGUUUCCUCUCCAUUCGAUUUUUGCUUCAUACACAAAGGUAACAAUAACAAAACACCACUUUCUCUGCUCUGGAAUCACAUUUGCUGUCAUUUUAUCCUGAAAUUUAUGAUCAGUCCAUGUCGGCGCCUGUUUAAUACAAAGUGUUUCUCAAUGCAAGUUUUUGUGCCUUUUUUUGUUCAAAUUUAGGUGCUGAAAUUGGAUAUUGUGAUACCCAUUUAUUGACAGAAGAGAUCCAAGAGCCUAACGCAUUAGGGCACAUCCUUAGGGCAUUUGGGUACUCAGUUUUUGAUGUAGAAGUUGGUUUUAUCCAUUGGAAGUGAUUUCCACCUGCAUAAAAUUAGAUGUCCAGGAGUCCUGGCGCAUUAGGGUUUUUGGAUGGGGAAUUUGAGUGCUUGCUCAGGGGAUAAAUACAUUCAUGGUAUAUGGGCAUCUGGCAUAGGACUUCUAGGCCAUCGAUAAGUGGUACCCACAAUGGACAUUGAUCUUAUACCCUGUCCCUGGUUGGUAUAUUGCUUGUGUCUUCAUUUUGGAAGCGGAUUACCGUAGCAAUUGGUAUUGAAAGUGUCAAUUUCGGUUUGACACUUCAUCAACAUCAGUUCACAAAGGUUUCUGAUAUCAUCCGUAUUGGCAUAAAAAGAGGGAACUAAUUUUCCGAGUUCAUUGUAAUUUUUGCUUCUCUAGAUGAAGAAGCUGUUUUUGAGUAUGGGUAAAGGUAGUACAACCAGAGAGAGGUCUUUAAGCAGGGGCAGCUACUAUCCACACUGCAGGAAAGAUGCACAGUGCGAGUGCACCAUGUGUAUGGCAAGCAUCCAUGCUACAUUGGAUCUUAGGCCAUCAAACAACCUCUUCAGCUCCUUGACUAAUUAUUCCGAGACACCUUCCAGGGGCUUCACAAGCCCUCCCUCUGUUGUAAAGGGCAAGGAGAAUCAGUGGCCUAAUUCUGAGCAGUCAAAUAAUUGGCCAUCUUUUGCUUCUAGGAAGGACAGGAGAAGAACACCGCCAUUACCCUUGGGUUCUACAGCCAAAUCUGAAGUUGAGUUGUUUCACAGUGAUGAUUCUGAAGAGACAAUGGAAGAAAAGGAAAUUAGGAUUUAUAAGAAGGAAAAGAAAGGACAUCGAUUUUCAGCGAAGUUUGCUGUAGUUUUUCUCAUUCUUGUGAUGGAGUUUGCAGUACCAUGGUGCUUCUCUGGUCUUUUGAAAACAAAUUUCAGUGCGGACAAGGUGAUGGGUAUAGCACAAGAGUCUAUGGCUAGAAUUAGGCUUUCUGACAGGUUAGACUUCAUAGCUCGUAAAAUGGCCAGGGUUGUUCCAGGUCAAGUUGACAACUGCACUGGAUCUGAAUCCACCUGGAAACUGGAACAGGAUGGUUUGAUGGUCCACUCUCGUUGUGUUCUUUACUCAUCUAUUCUGGAGGAGGUAUCACUUUGGGGAUGCCCAGUACAAACAUCUGGAGUGAUAGGCAGAGGUAUUGUGGAUCGUUCAUUUCUAGUUAUGUCUGGGCGAAUGAUAGAGUGGUAUGAAGGGAAAACAGACUCCACGGUACAUCGGCAAGGUGAUUCGUGGACCCAUGCAAAAUGGACUGCAUCUGUCGUGCAAAUGGAUGGGAAAACAUAUAUCCUCGAAUACAAGUUCUCAGCAAUGCUUAAAGGUGGAGGUGUGGUAACCCAUGCCAUACAUUUUAUGAAGUGGCUUAUUUGCAGGAUUUAUGUUUCUGCAAUAUCGAAUUUUGGAUCAUUUCUACUGCCCACAUUGAGCUCUCCACAUACUCGUGGUGAUUUUAGAGCUCCAACUUAAAACAAGCUCUUAUUUGUAAGUACUUCAAAACGCGAUUACCUGCCAAUACUCAAGUAUAUGCUCAAGCAGAGGCACCGCUGAACAUGGCAAUGGCAUUAUGAAGAAUAUGUCUUGACUUUAAAAGACUGGCAUCUUUACUGGAAUGCUUCGCUUCUCAUUUCCAAUGAAAAAGCUUGCUACAAAUCACUGCCAAAAAAUAACUUGACUGUAAUAUGAUGGUAACACUGAUUGGAUUGCUCUCAGAAUCUCAUGAAGCAAAGUUAAUGAAUGGUGAAAAACUGGUUUAUAAUCAGAUUGAUAGAUUAAAUUUUUGAUA